AAAAAGACUGGAAUUAUAUAGAACAUGAAAGCUAGCGACAAAAUCUUGCUUCUGGAAUUGCUGCCUGCCAGCCUCGACAGAUGAAACCUUGCCCCUUCUCCGUCCACUCCACCAUGCUCUCCGUACAUUAAGUCCAUGCCUUUACUUUUAGUCUUGGAGCUGGAAAUCCGGAAGAGCACAUCUUCCCGUCAGUUCGCCACUCCACUUUGCGUUCCCGUACAUCCAAUCCCCGUGACCCUGUCUUCGUACUGUUUCUACAGUGUUGUGCUCUCCCCACCAGUUGGCUACCAUUGUACUUAGUGGGAGACAAAUGGUUACCCCACUUUUCCCCUCCACAAUCCCCUUCUUCUCUCUUACAACAAAGACCCUAAAAGUUUCCUCACUGCUGGUCGGUGGAACCCGAACCCGAAUCUGAAAGCGGAGGAAGAUGAAAUCGAUUUGGAACAGGACGACCAAAGGCGGUGACAGAAUCGCCUGUGAUGGUGAGCCCUUACUUAUCUGUCUUCUUUGUCGAUAUUUCAAAUUUUAGCUUCUCGGUUUUGGACUCUAGCUGCAGAGCACGGCAGUAAUAAUGAAGAUUCCGAUGACAUGGCUUCGUCGAGUUUUUAUUCAAGCCCUAUCCAUGGAUGAAGAACGGAAACUGAAGGUGGUGGUGAUGAUGGACCAGCAGGAGGACGGGGUGAGAGUUGGUGGAAUCUCCGAUGUUCAGGAUGGAAGAAGCUUGCGGCGGCCAAGGAGGGGCGAAAGACCAGGAAGCACAAGAAAAGCCAACGAGAGGCACAUGCUAACCAUGGAGCAGCAACAGCAAACAUGGAAAGCGUGGGAAGAGGGAGGCAAGCUUGAAGCUUCUCGAGUUGAUUGCGUGCUUCGGCAACAGCUUCUCCUUGCCUGGUGUUGUGUUGAAAUGGAUGAGGCUAAUGCAGAGUUAACAGAUUCCGGUAGUGGUCUGCUGUUGGAUGAGACUAAUGAACAAUUUGAUGUCAUUCUUCUAUCUGCACUUUACAGACCAUAGAGGCUAGCAACAGGAACAACCGAACAGGUGCUAAAAAUCAAGCUAUCUCAGAGGUUUAAAAAUGUUCUGCCUUACCAACUUCCAGUUCAGGUCUUCAACUUGAUUGUCUUUUCCUGCUCAAUUUCCAGGUUCUGUUUGUAGUUGGGUUUUGGUCCUGCUACGCUCAAAUCAUCGGUUGAUAAAUAGGCCUGUAUUUUGUAGGAUUGUAUGCCCGACCCUCAUGCAUCCUAAGUAGAUAACUUCAUUUUGUAUUAAAUAUAUACGCUAUUGUUUUUACAUGAUAUGUAACUGAUGCAAUUUAAGUGCCUGCGGCGUAGCCGUGGGUAUUGAUUCUAGU